AUGUCGACCGACCACCACCACCACCACCAUCACUCCGACGCCGUACCCGUCAAAAUCGAAGAAGGCGAGAUCAUCAAGUUCACCAGCGUGAUCGCCGCAGCGUUCGCGGACGACGCUCUGAAUCGGUAUAUCUUUCUCGGCCGCGAGUCGAGGCCAGGCCAUCCCAAGUUGAGCCAGCCCGAGCUUCGGCUGCAAUACUGGCUACCGCACAUCCGGAGCCGGUUGGAGGGCGGAGGGAUCUUGCUUCAGACGCAUGACUGGGCCGCGGUUGCUCUGUGGCUUCCUCCUGGAGUACAAAAGCCACAGCCGAGCGAUACCCCCAUUCCCGAGGGUGCCGUCGAGUACAGAGAGAAAUUCGGCCAGAUCAAGAAGAAAUACCUGGGGGAUCGACUCUAUUGGUAUCUGAAUCUCAUCGGUCGAGCACCGGGCCGGACAGAGAAAGGCGCCAUCCGUAACCUCGUCGAGCCGUUCCUCAGGAAAGCAAAGGACCAGAACCUCCCUGUCUGGCUCGAGGCAACGAAUGAGCAUGCCAGAGAUGUGUAUAUCCAUCUGGGGUUCAGGGUCGUGGAGGAAGUCCGGAUUGGAGUAGGAGUAGUCAAUGCUGAAGGAUGGGCAGAGCCGGGUGGAGAGGGCGUGCUGAAUUGGGGCAUGGUCGCUGGCCUGUAG